GUAGAUGCAAAGUUUCAUGCAUUGCCCCUUAAGAUGUCUCAGUAUUGCAAUGCCUUAAAUAUCAUCCAGAAAUAAGUAGUUCUUACUUCUUUUCAUCCCCUCCUUGUGAUUCUAGCUGCAUGAGAAACAUCUAAAUUUUCCUCCCUACUCGGCCUAUGCUUUCACAGACUUAUCUUCAAAUGCCCCAACCUGCUCUUCCAUAAACAAUAAACGUGCAUGCCCCUAACCCUGAAGAGUUCACUUUUAGAGCCUCAAGAACGAAACAAGCCUUUGGCUAAUCGAGAAAGGCAGCUGUCAACAACUCAACAUAGGUACCGAAAUAAAAUCAUUGAGGAGUGAGAAGAUCUACAGGAAAGUUCCACUCUGUCAGAAAAGAUGGAAAAAUCCGAAAGGGAUGGUGGUACAAGGAAUGUUGAUGUAUGCGGUCCUUUUCAUGGAGUAGAUGAUCAGGUCACAGUUGAUAUUGAUUCAUUGACCUCUUCCGUUGAAAGUAUGAUGUCCCAAAAUCUGAUGAUGUCUGAUAAAGCAUGCAUCUUUAAAGUGCCCUACAUUCUCCGAAGGCACAGCGAAAAAGCUUAUACCCCCAACGCAUUUUCAAUUGGCCCCUGGCACCGUCACCAUCCACUGAUGAAAUCUACAGAGAAAGUUAAACUGAAGUAUCUCAAAGGCCUUCUCUGCCGAAGAUCUGCGAGCAUAACACUGAAGGAGUUGAUCAAAUCCACCGGGGAGAUUGAGAAAGAGGCACGUUCGUGUUAUGCUGGACCAAUUGAUGUCGGUGUGGGGGUUUUUGUCAGAAUGUUGGUAAUAGAUGGUUGCUUUCUUAUUGAACUAUUUAGAAAGGAUCGAUAUAAUCAUCUUAGAGAAGAUGAUGAUCCUAUCUUCAACAUGUCUUGUAUGUUGCAGUACCUGUAUCAUGACUUGAUUUUGGUAGAAAACCAAAUACCUUGGUUGGUCCUUGAACACUUGUUCAAGAUGACCGCGGAACCUGGAAACACGACAACCCUCGCACAACUUGCCCUUCCAUUCUUUCGAAACAUUUUUCCAUCCAAUCCACCCUCCAAAGUUCCAUCUAACCAAGGACCAAAACAUUUGCUUGACCUCUUAAGAAAUUGGUUAGUUUUAUCAUCUGGAGAAGAGAAAGAUGGUCAAAUCGGAUGGGAACUUAUUCCUUCCGUCACAAAUCUUGUAGACGCCGGAAUUAACUUGGAGGUGGGUGAGUCAAGAAGCAUCUUGGAUAUAAAAUUCGAAAAUGGUGUCCUGGAAAUCCCAAAAUUGCUAGUUCAGGAGACAACUGAGGUCAUCAUUCGAAACCUCAUCAGCUAUGAGCAGUGUUCUCCUAAAUGCACUGACAGAAUCACUUCAUAUGCCGUACUCCUAGACAACCUCAUUAACACUACCAAAGAUAUGGAUACAUUCACCAGUAGUGGAAUCAUUGAUAAUUGGUUGAAUCCAGAUGAGGCAACGCAAUUCUUCAACAAGCUUUAUCAGGAUGCUUACUUGAAAAAAUACUAUUAUCUAGAACUGUGCCAGGACGUGAACAAGUAUUACCGGCGCAGGUUUCCAAGAUGGCAUGCUCUGUUGAUGAGAAAUUACUUUGGCACCCCAUGGGCAAUUGUCUCUUUGUUUGCGGCUGCUACUCUUUUGAUUCUCACUAUUGUUCAGACAAUAUUUACUAUCGUUAAAUAAGUUUAAAAUCCUUUGAUCU